AUGAAUGGAGCACAAAAAUGGUGGUUUGUGAAACAAGUCGUUAAAGGAAGAUGGUUUUCGGUAUACGCCUCGUUUCUGGUCAUGAUCGGCUGUGGUUCACCUUACUUGUUUGGAACAUACUCCAAAGUUUUAAAGACCAAAUUUGAUUACAAUCAAACCCAACUUAGCAGUUUAGGUUUCGCUAAAGAUCUCGGUUCGAACCUCGGAGUUUUCGCCGGACUUUUCGCCGAGGUGGCUCCGCCGUGGUUGCUUUUCCUUGUAGGCUUAACCCUAAACUUCUUCAGCUACUUCAUGAUAUGGCUCUCGGUUACUGAGUACAUCCCAAAGCCCCAUUUGUGGCUAAUGUUUAUUUACAUUUUCAUUUCCUCUAAUGCACAAAAUUUCCCUAACACUGUGGUUAUGGUCACAAAUGUUAGAAACUUCCCUGAUCAAAGAGGGAUUAUUUUGGGCCUUCUCAAGGGCUUUGUGGGCCUUGGUGGGGCCAUUUUAACUCAAAUCUAUUUUAGCAUUUAUGGUAAUUUAGAUCCUAUCCAUCUUCUCCUUCUUCUUUCAUGGCUACCUUCCUUUGUAUAUUUCUUGGUUUUCCUUUCAAUUAGAACUAUCAAAGCUCCCAAAUAUACACAAGAACUCAAAGUGUUUUACUACUUUCUUUACAUAGCCAUAACAAUAGCCAUCUUCAUCUUGUUUCUCACCAUAACACAACGAAACACCGUCUUCUCUCACGGUACCUACGUCGGUGGUGUGUCCGUCAUCGUUGUCUUAAUAUCUCUCCCUCUUUUGAUAGCAAUUAAAGAAGAGUUUCUUCUCUUCAAACUCAACCAACAAACCAAGGAUCCUUCGGUUGAGGUCUCUAUUCCUGUUAAUAAACUCGAAGACAUUCCCGAAACUUCUUUGCCGUCGUCUUUCUCGAACAAGCCACGAAGAGGGGAGGAUUUUGGUAUCUUGCAAGCUCUGUUUAGCAAAGACAUGGCUCUUAUUUUCAUAGCAACAGUUUCAGCUUGUGGUUCAUCAGUUGCUGCCAUUGAUAAUGUUGGCCAAAUCGCCGAGUCACUUAACUAUCCAUCUCAAACCGUAAGUGUCUUCAUUUCAUGGAUUUCCAUUUUCAAUUUCUUUGGUCGAGUUUGCUCUGGUUUCGUCUCCGAAACUUUUAUCACGAAAUACAAAUUACCUCGUCCUCUUAUCUUCGGCGUUGCCCAGAUCAUAACUUGCAUUGGUCUAAUCUCUAUUGCUUUCCCUUAUAAAAACUCAGUGUAUGCAGCUUCAUUGAUAAUUGGGUUUGGAUUUGGAGCUCAAACUCCAUUGCUAUUUACCUUAAUCUCUGAUCUCUUUGGGCUUAAACAUUACUCCACACUUCUGAAUUGUGGGCAAUUGGCAGUUCCAUUUGGAUCUUAUCUAAUGAAUAUUCAUGUAGUAGGAAGGUUUUAUGAUAAGGAAGCUACUAAAAUUGGUAAUGUGAAGAAUGGGAAGGGGCUAACUUGCAUUGGAACUCAUUGCUUUAGUGAGUCUUUUGGAAUUUUGGUUUUGGUGACAUUGUUUGGAGCAAUGGCUUCGUUUGUGUUGGCUUAUAGAACUAGAGAGUUUUACAAAGGGGAUAUAUAUAAGAGAUACAGAGAUGAUAUGUGGCUUACUAAGAUGGAGAAUGAACACACAAAGAAAAUUGAUGAUGGAACCAAAUAA